AUGAGCGUGUGGCCGACAAACGAUGAAUCACGAGAAUGGCUGAAAGGCGGCUGCACUGCGUGCAACAACAGCAACAACAACAACAAGAGCCGGCUCAGGUGAAAGUGACGAUGAAGAAGAAACAGCGGCGUUCCUAAUUGGAGAAUGAGCGGAUUUUUCAACUCGCUGAGAAACUUCGCGUCAGGAGCCGCGUACGCUGCCAGCUCUGCCUCGAAGUACGAAGAACUGGAAGGUGAACAAAACAAAACAAAAAGAAAUUUCAAC